CCAGAAUUGGAAACCACGAGUAAAGGCCUCAUCGGAUGAUACCCUGGAAAAUCUUGAAUCAGCCCAGAAAGAGUGGUGUUGAUGUUCUGGAGAUAACUAAAGAUAGAUUACUUACAUUGGAGAAAUCAGUGGAACGUAGAUAUCUAAAAGCUCCUCUUAGUAAAAGUACCGUGCAGAUUAAUAUUGACAAGAUGGGGGUAGGAGCAGCAGACGAUGAUUCCAGACCAUCAAGCCCAACUGAAGAUGUUACCAAAGGUCUGGCAAACUGGAGAGGAGCUGUGAAAGUGGCCACCAAUUCUGCGCAAGCUUAGAAUGUGCUUAGAUCUCUUAGAACGUUCAAUAGCCUGGGAAAAGUCCAUCAUGAAAGUGUAUUGUCAAUUUUGUCUGAAAGGAGACAAUGAAGAGUUAUUAUUACUAUGUGAUGGCUGUGAUAAAGGUUUUCAUACUUACUGCUUUAAACCUAAAAUGAAUAGUAUACCAGAAGGUGACUGGUACUGCUAUGAAUGUAUAUACAAGGCUACUGGUGAAUAUAUUUGUGUCUUAUGUCGACAUAAAGGCAGACUAGUAAAAUGUGAAAACUGCCCAAGAGCAUAUCAUCCUGAUUGUAUUGACCCACCGCUUUUAAAGAUGCCCAGGGGAAGGUGGUUCUGCCAGGCGUGUCAAAAACAGAAGAAUAAAACAUCCAGGGGUAAAGGAAAGAAACAGAAGGUGAAGGAGAAGGAGGUGAAACCAGUGUCGCCCCCUCCCACUUCAGAUAGCAGUAACUCUGAUAGCAGAUCUCAAGAUUGGUCCGACAAGUUUAAGGAAGACAAAGUGAACAGAAAGCAAUCAUCUAAAGACAUGGCUCCAUGCAGAACGAUUUUGACAGAGAUGGAGAAACAUGAUGAUGGUUGGCCUUUCUUGAUGCCUGUUGAUACCAAGCAAUUUUCCACUUACAAAAAAGUUAUAAAACACCCAAUGGACUUCCACACCAUGAAGUGUAAACUGAGGGAUGGACAGUAUCGCUGCCGAGAUGACUUUGAGGCCGAUGCACAUUUAGUUUUUCACAACUGUGAAGUGUUCAACGAAGAUGAUUCUGACGUUGGUAGAGCUGGACAUUCUAUGCAGCGCUUCUUUAGGAAACGCUGGGUCGAACUUAAUACUGAGGACCAAUCAUAGCGUUCACAGAUUGCAGAACUAGUUAGCAAUUUGGCUGUGUGGCACUAGUGCAAUGAACCUCAUUUGCAUACCAAAGUGUGCGGCUGCCAAAAAAGUAAUAUGUGUAGAUGUCGAUGGUACUGCCGUUAAUAGUAAAUGUAUAGUAGCGAUUGUUGUCUACUAUUUCCUGUUUAAAUUAAUUAAUGUUAAUAAGUCAAUUUUAUUGUCAUUAUUUGCUACACCCAUUUAAGGUGACUGUUUCUGUAGUGUAAAAAAAUAAAGCAAUAGACUGUACAUAUUUUACCAUUUUUUGUGGUGAAAAUUAGACUUAAAAAUGAUGAAAACACAGGGACCAUUUUGUAGAGAUGGGUGGUGAUAUUUGGUGACGGGUUGGUGUUUUUCCUCGCUUGGGGUAUCCUUUUGCUUGUUUUCUGUUAUUUAUGGUUACUUCCGAGUAUACAGUAGUUCACGACUGAAUGCGAUUGAAUACAAUGAUGAUUCGGCUUACAACAGAAAGAUUUCAACGUGGUGACUUGUGAUCGUAUGUUUGAAUUCUCUUUAAGUAUUACAGAGAACUAUUAGUUAACGUGGUGGCUUAGCCCAACUAAUGCUUUACAUUUCACAUCCAUAGCAACCAGUAUAUGUAAUAUUGUGUAUGGUUAGAUAUCCUUUUGUAAUUACAACCUCAAUUUAUUUAUAAAUCAAGUGGUCUUUUUUCGAAGUUUAAAAAAAAAAGAAGUCAACUCCCAAAAUAGGGGAAAGAUGUGCCUUUUUCUUGUAAAGUCAGUUCUUUACUCAUUCAACUUUCCUGUGUUGUUUAUAUCUUCUGUCAAACUGUAUUCAAUUUUUGUCUGAAAUACUAUUUCCUAUUUUUUGAUGUUGUUGAGAAUGCCAUUUUUUUAUUUUGCAUUUUCUGCCAGGGUUGCUUGGGCUAUGCUGAUUGACAGAUAUAAAUGGCAUCAGUCUGUGUUGGAUUAUAGCUGUCGUGGUUAUUUUUAGCUCAUCCUUUCUCCCUUAGGAUGAAACCUACAUACUGAACUGAUUUUGUGUGCAAUUGUUUUUUUUUAGUUUAAUGAUUCAUAUUUUUUUGUUUGCAAUUUUUAACCCCAGUUUGUACAUGUUGACUUAAGAAUUUUUGCUCAUAUUUUAGUAUUUGAUGUCUCUAUCUUGUAACUGCCAAUUAUUUGCAUUUCAGGGUUCUGGCAUUGCCAGUCUUUUUUUCUCCAGUAUCAUAAACUUUU